AUGGAAUCUAGUCCUAGAGCAGCGUCUUUUAUAGUCAAUGACCUUGAACAACGUCUUCAAAAUCUGUAUACAACACGUGUACAUGAUGAUCAAACAUUGAACAAUCUCGAAUCUCUUCUUAACGAUUGUUCAAAACACUUGACUAAUCUAAUUUCUUCAGCAGAUCCAACAUUAGUAGCGAUUACUCUUCCAGCGCUUCUUCAAACCAUAAUAUCAUUAUCAAAAAUUUGUGCUGAAAAAUCCGAUAUAAUUAUAUCGGGACCAUUUCUGUCACGCGACAAAUUGACUUCGUUAAUUACAACAACUAAAGCAUUACACAAUCAAAUAAAAGAAUUUGUUAAAUCACCUAAACUCAACACUAUUCUAAUCAAAUCAACACAACAACGACAUUUUUGUGAACAAUUGCGUCGUGUCUCAGAUUCAAUCGCUAACAUAGAUCUUCUUACAACAUUGAUUUGUCAUAAACUUAUUGUAAAAUUAUUGACCGGUAGUGACGAUCAACAACAACAAUCACAAUCAUCAUUCAGUAAACUCGACGAUAUUAAUGAUGGUUUAAUCGUUGCUGUCUAUGGUAGUGUGUUACAACAGAUGGCUACACUUUGCGCGAGAAAUUUAAAAGAAAAAUCAGAUAACAAUCGAGAAUCGCCCACUAUUAAGAUGUAUGGAAUUUAUUUUCAAAUGUUAUCUAAAUUAGUUCAAUACAAUAGCACAAUAUCUCAAUUUGAAACCUACCAAGAUUUUAUUCGUACUGUCCAUCAAAUACAUCAAUGUCUUGAAUCUACAUGUCAACAGAAUCGUUUUCAACUCGAAUUUUUUAAUAACACAAUACUUCUACAAGAAAUUCUUCGAAGUUUUAUUCAAUAUUCACUAAAGAAUUCAUCGAAAUUAUUUUUCGAUGAGCUAUUUCUUGAAUUAUCAUCGAACAAAUGUAAAUAUGCAUCGCUAAUUUUACUUUUUCGUAUUAUUGAAGCAUUUGACAUGAGUUUAACUAAACCAUCAACGGAUAUUUCGAUCUGUAUUAUUCAUCGUUUAAUAUCUCAUCUAUUCGAUCUUAUUGACGAAUGCCGAAUUCAACUUGUCCUACCGGCUCUUCUUCCAGUAUCAUUUAGUAAAACUCAAGUUGAAUAUGGCAGCCUAUACGACAUAACCUAUUCAAUCUUAAUGAAACUUUUCAAUCAGAAAUCUAUGCAAACAGUUCUAUCGUCAAUGACGAAGCUCAUCCAAUCGUCGAAUGAGAAUUUUUCGAUUAUGUCAACUUCCAUUCAGUUAGCAAGUGAAUUAAUUAUUCAAUCAUGGUUUUUAUAUAACCAAUCCGUUGAAUAUCAAUAUCUAUUCGGUUUAUUUCUUGCUGAACUUCUUCGACUUGAUAUUCACACGAAUUUAAUUAAUUAUCUAUUAGCAAUGCCAAAUAUGCGCUCCGUGAAAUUCUAUGCCUAUGAUGCAUUUCUUUCAUCGAAUUCAUUCUAUCAUAUUUAUGAUUUAUUUCAAAUGUUGAAUAAUAAUAAUAGUUCAUUAAAAGAAUCAAUCAUUAAUUCAACCAAUCUUUCAUUGUUAUAUCCAACGAAUAUCGAACAUCUCUAUGGAUUUAUACGUUUAUUUAAUACAGAAUUAAAUGCAAAACAAAUUCAACAUACGAUUGAUACAUGUAUUUAUUCUAUACAACAAUUUCUUUCCUUACCAAUUAUAACUGAAUUAACAUGUAUGAAUUUUAUUCUUACUUUACGUCUUUUAUCAUAUUUAAUUGUUAAUAAUCAAAAUGAAAAUUUAAAAUCUUUGCUUGGCCAGUUGACGCAAUUAUUCGUUAUACUUGAUGAACAAACAGCGAUGGAUGUUCGAUUAGAACUAUUAAAUCUUUUUGCUGUACAUUCAAAUGUUCUUGAUGAUAAUGAUCUUGGAAGAUUAUUAGAUUUUAUGUUAACGAAUUCAAUUGAAGCAAAUCCGACUUCUGCAGCUUUUCAUAUUGGCUGUUUAACUAUUGUAGAUUCAUUAAGACAACGACAAUCACGGAGCGCAAACAUUACAGAUCUUAUUAUUCAAUUAAUUGUUCGAUAUGGAAAUGAACAACAAUGUAGUUAUCUACUUAAAGCUCAUUUGAUGCGAGUUUUUACGAGCUUCAUCUCUCAUGGCAAUGACGAUUCAUUACCCAUGCGAGUUAAAUCUCAAUGUGUAUUAUUACGUGCUAAUAUUGAUGAAUUUGAAAAAAGUAAAAAAACAAUGGGAACAAUAAACAGUCGUUUUCCAGAUGAAAAUACACUCACAGCAAUUGAUUCUACUCGGCCAUCAAUGAUUACAACUGCAAUGAAAAAAGAUGCAUCAAACAAUGAAUCAACGAGCCAAUUAAAAUUUUAUCAAAUGAUUGUUAAUGAACUGGAAUUUCAUCAAUGUUCAAUAUCCAUACAAAAUUCUAAUGCAAUGCAACAGGACUAA